UGUUGGUCAACGUCAAUUAGUGUGUCUAGCUCGAGCUUUAUUACGGAGAACAAAAAUUUUGGUUCUGGAUGAAGCAACGGCUGCUGUAGAUUUAGAAACUGAUGAACUUAUUCAACAAACUAUUCGUAAAGAAUUUUCAGACUGUACUGUUCUUACUAUUGCACAUCGACUUAACACUAUCAUGGAUCAUACAAGGUAACUGUUGUUUAUCUGUUUUAAAUUGAAGUUAUUAUUGUGGAGGUUUUUACAAAAAUUCCAACAUGCUUCGGGUGAAUUCGGCUUUUUAACUUUGUGUUCUCAAAUUCAUUAAUAAUUCAUGAGCAAUUCAGCCAAUGAUAAUCACCUAUUUGAUCACAAGAUGCCAUUUGGAUAACUCAGUGAAACUUGAUGAAAAUCACUAGUGUUUUCAUCAAAUAUCUUAAUUACGCAUGCAAAAUUACUUGAAUAGAAUUCCUAAUCGAUUCAUUUGAGUAGCCAUAUAAACAACUCGAGCUCGUGUCUCACCGGGAUAUCCAAACACUCGAAAACAAUGUAUGAAAACACUCGCGCUUCGCGCUCGUGUUUUCAUACAUUGUUUUCUCGUGUUUGGAUAUCCCGGUGAAACACUCGCUCUCGUUGUUCAUAUAUUACUUCAAAGUUUUUCCGACCAUACCGUGUUCAGCGAUCUGAGAAGUCUUUUCCGAUCAUUUCAAAUCAAAAUUUGACGAACACCCCAAAUUUAAAACCAACUAAAAACUAAGUAGUGAUUUAAGAAAAAAAGUAUGUUUAAAUAAUAUCUGUAAAUCGGAUACUGACUCGUGAUUUACAUAAACGAUUUUCUCAGCUAAAGCGAACCUUGUCGCCAAAAUAAUUGGUAAACUUGAAUACUUAUGGAUGCAUUUGUAUUUCGCAUCCAAUCCAUCUCCCUCAGGAAGUCCCUCUCCAUGCAGAAGACAGGACGUAAGCAUUUGUAUAAUUUUCGUUCAUCGUUGGAUAUUGCAGACUUGACGAUCUUAAUGAAUAAAUAAAUAUAUAAUGAAUUAUUAUAUUACAAUUAAUAUAAUGAUAUAAGUGAAUUAUUUUUAUUUAUCUGCAGGAUUAUGGUUCUCUCUGAAGGACAAAUACUAGAAUUUGACACACCCG